CCCCCCCCAAAUCUUUCGAGAGAACCACCGAUUCGAGCGAGAAUAGCGAUGGGGAUUCUAUCAUGGUUCACGGGAAGUCCUAAGCCGUCACAGUCCGAGACGUCUAAGCAGGAUAUGAUACAGAUGCCGAAAUCAGAAACUCCAGCUCCGGGUAUGAACGGAGCCAUAGAAGUUCCUCGACCCGAUCGCGCGACGGUUUUCGAGUUCGGCUCCGUUGCGGCUACCGGAGACAGAGUCACUCUCGCUGGAUACUGUCCCGUUUCCGAAGAUCUCGAACCUUGCCGUUGGGAGAUUCUUCCCGCCGACGGCAAAGACGCCCCGCAGUUUCGCGUCGUCUUCUGAAGUAUCAGUCACUAGUUAAUUCCCAGAUCCGAGUUUCUAAAAGAUGUAAUCUCGUCUUCGAGAAUUGUAUUUUGUUCUGGUAAUGCCAUCAUCGCUCUUCUAUAAAAAAAUGUACAAUUUUUAUUUUUCACUUGAAGUCGAACAAGUUCUCAUCUUUGCUAAUUCGACUGUUUAUAACAAAUAAAUGUCAACGUUUGAAUUUAUCAUUACAAAUAAGCUUCGUUUUGUUUGGUUAA